AUGGCGUUGGCAAAUGCUGCAGCCGCUUCCCGGAUCCCCUCUUUGUUCCUAGGACGAAGCGCAACCACAUCUUCAACAACGAUCCGAGCUUGGUCGUUUCGGAACCUGAUAUCGGCAUCCGUUGCAAUCCCAACCAUCGCGAUAAACAUCCCUGGUAUCAUUGCAGAUAUAUGGGAGGGAGUGCUUAACGCCGUUCCCAAGAAAAAAACGUCACAUAUGAAAAAGAGACAUCGACAGCUCGCUGGAAAGGCAUUGAAGGAUUCGAAGCAGUAUCUCGCCCAGCAUACAAUAGAUGAGGCUCAUGCCACCGAUGUCUUCGCUCUAGCUGCGACACAGGCCCAGAUUCUCAGCGGUUCUGGUGAGCCCUCGAUUAAAAUCUACUCAACAACUGAGGACGACUUUCCGAUUGCCCAAGUCCUCAGAGACGCACAUAAGCUCGGCUGUCACCAUAUCGUCACGAACCAACCUGGCACAAAGGCCGUCAGUGCGGGUUUCGCUGGAGAGGCCAAGGUCUGGAAGUAUGAGGAGGGCAUUUGGAAAGAUGAUGGGGAUGUGACAGGCAUCGAUGCUCCCAGGAAAGCCGGCGAGACCUGGGCUGUAACUUUGUCGCUGGAUGGACAGUACCUGGCCGGAACUACACAUGAUGGGCGUGUGAAUGUCUGGGAUUUGACGAACGGGGGAGAAAAAGUCAAGGAGUUUGAGACGAAAGGCAGUUUCGGCAUGUGUAUUGAUCUGUCACCGGAUGGACGCUUCAUCGCCAGCGGCCACGAAUCUGGGAAUAUCUACCUUUUCUCCACGGCCACGUCUCGUCUUCUACAUUCCCUUCCCGGCCUCAUCAAACCUGUCCGGGCCGUUAAAUUCUCCCCUGGCUCCAAAUUGGUUGCGGCAGCAGGUGAUGCACGCAUUAUUUCCUUAUACGAUCCCAAUUCCGGCGAACAGGUAGCAAACCUCAGUGGCCACGCUGCAUGGAUCACGAGCCUUGACUGGAGUUACACCGGUCAAUAUCUGCUGAGCGGGAGUCUGGAUGGGAAGGUGAAAGUUUGGGAUAUUGACCGAAGAACUUGCGUUGCGACGCAUAGUGAGAGCGAAAGGGGGAUAUGGUGUGUCAAAUGGUUACCGAAGGGCGAAACCUCUGUAGAGAGGCAGAAGGCGGAAAGAUUUGUAACGGCAGGGAGUAACCGGGCUAUUACGAUCUACAGAGAGGCUACAGGUGGAUGA